ACGUCUCCUCGAAAGUGAAAGCGAAUCUACUUGUAAGCGCUUUCUGCUCAAAACAACUUUGUUUUCGAAAGAAUAUCCACAUAUUGGGAUUAAUUGGUUCCAUAAAACUCGAAACGUAGUGGUGAAGGAAAUAAAUCUGUAGAAAAUGAGCGAAGAAGAAAGAGAAGGCCUCUUUUCUCGGUGCCCAAGACCAAAUCUUUAUGGCAACUAUAAUAACGGAGCGCAUGAAGUCUCGUUGAAUUCCCUUGGAGGCGAAAGAAUCAGAACACAAAGGUCAUGUUUUUUUAAAACAGACAUAAUAUUAAGCAUUGUUACACGAUUAGCCUAUGGAUUACUACCAUGUUGGCCAGGCAGCGCAACCAAGUGCACAGGCAUUCUAUCGAUCUUCCUGGUCAUUUUACAGCUGGCGGCUUUUGGGGAGUACAUCUACUGCAUUAUUGCUUACUGGCUCAAGCCUGGAACGAAUACUCCACAUAUUCCUAUACUUACAAUGGUUAUAGAACUUGGACUCUUUUCAUCCGGGAUUGUGUCAUUCUCGUUGGCAUGUCGCUUCUUCUACGCCAACAAUCAACUCUUCCAGCGGUCGGAAUCAAAAAUUAUCCCGUACGUGGAGUUCCCACUUGAGGAAUCUUAUGGUCCUAAMCCAAUAGAUUGGCUCGUUGGAAAUGUCUGUCUUCUCGUUGGAUUUUUAGAUAUCGCAUUUAUUAUUUUUGUCGACAUGGAAUAUAACUCCUAUUUCGAUUUUUAUGGUAUCCAUGACUUCAGCUUGAAACCGACGGUUUCAUUGGCUGAAAAGAUCGUUUACCACCUCUACGUUGCGGUAUUCACUUGGGGGUUGGUAUGUGCCGUGGUKUCUUGUUGUAUUUUUUACAUUUUGACUCGCGAUAUCGUUCGCCGGGUCGAAGCAACCGAAGAGUACAUAMUAGAGCAUGCAAACUGCUUSGCAGAAGCAAAGAAAGCUCACGAAGACCUUCUCGAAUACAGCGAAAAACUGAUCCAAAUGAUCGAGAAAUGGUUCACAGCGCACAACAUAUUUUUCUUCUGUAUUACCCUUUGUAUGAUUUUCAAGUGGUUUGAGUUUACUAACRAUAACAGUAAGUUUAGUCAUCAUCACAUUCUCUGGGCCUCGGAGAUCCUGGCUUCUUUUCUCAUCGCCUUUAAGUUUUGCUUCCCGUUCUUCUCGGCAAGUCGUGCAACUGCGCGAUUCAAGAAGAUGUACUACAAUAUCAACAAGAAAAAACUCUUUGAAGACAUUCAUGAAAUGGCGCGAUUUCUUGAGUAUGCAGAGAGAUGYAAUUUCGGAUUCGUGGUCUUCGGUGUAAAGAUAACAACCAAUAUGGCCUUUAUCACCAUAGUUACCACAUUUGCCGGGAUUUUUAAAUCUCUUGCCGAUUGAGCCCACGUACCAUCUCUUGAACCGCCACCCGGCUAGCUUAGUUGGUAAGAGCUUCAGUCUUCAGUCUGUUGUGCGGGAGGUAGUGUGGCUCAAGCCACGACCGGACUAACACUCAUGGACUUAAAAUAACUGAGGAUAAGGURCAAUUAUAAUUGUAGUUAUAUUUGCAAAUGGUUAGACCUUCACGUGGCUCGGAAGACCACGAGGACCACGAAUCGAUCGUCAAGUACUGUCAAGUGUUAUAAUCUAUAAACAAAAUUAAUUUAAUGGCGGCCAUCUUAUCAGGGUGCCGGCAAACAGACAAAGAUGAUGGAAAAUGAUAUAGAGUUUCAUGUGUUUUUCCUUUCUAUUAUGGGUAAAGGUGAUCGAUGUGCCGUCUUAAGGUGGCUCCAUAUAGUUUUUGUACGCGCACGCGCCAGGUUGUGCAAGAGCAUGCACAGUACCAGAAAUUGAAGUAUUUUUAUUUUGAUGACAUCACGAAAAGUCGGUGGCAUGCGUUAUUUAAAAAUAAAUAAAAACUCGAAAA